GAAUAUGUUUUUAUUUUGGUUGAUAUUGCAGCAAACCCAAACCAGACCUUCCAAUACAGCUCUAAUGGAUGAGAGAGACAGUUAGAGAGAGAAAGUGAAGAGAAGAAGAGGAGGAAGAAGAAGAAGAAGAAGAAGAGAAAAAUGGGGUUUAAGAGAAAAGGGUUUUAGUUUAGGUCUACCAACUGGUGGUUAGAGAUUGAGCUUCUUAACCAAACACUUUCAUUACCAGCAAAAUACAGACCCAACCAAAGAAAAAAUCCCAAAACAAGUUACAGAGAGGAGAGAAGAGAAGAAUAAGAAGAGCAAGGUCAAGCUCCAACUGCAACAACAACUGGGUUUCAAAGCAAAUUCCAUAAGAGAAAGAGAAAAGCUACCAAAACCAAAACCAAAACCAAACCCUCCAUUUUUAUAGAGAGAGAGAGAGAGAGAGAGAUAAAGUUAUAAUUUUUUUUACUUGUGGAGAGAGAGAGAGUGAAGAUGAUGAUGGUGAUUGUGAUGAUGGAAUUGUAAUAUUGUAUGCGUGUGAAUCUCACGUGGGGAUUGAUGCAAUAAUAGAUGGAGAAUAUAUAUGAUUACCAUAAAAGAGCAAAAGUGAAAAAGAAAAACAUAUACAUAUACAUAGCUCUUUGAAUUAUUACUCUCUUCACUUUAUUUCCUUUCUUCUUUUCUUGGGUUUUUUCUUUUUUUAAUCUAUUAAAAAAGUAUUUUUGUUUUGUUAAUUGUUGGUACCGGGAGAGAAGAGGGUUCUGUUCUUGGGAUCGGAAAGUGUUUGGUUGUUGUUCUGGGACUAAGUAAGAAAGAAAAGAAGGAUACUUAGGAUUGUGUUUCAGCAGAUUAUUGGUUGUUGUCUCCAAGCUUUUCUGUUCCCCAUAUCACCCACAACUGAUACGGGUCUCCAGAAUCUAGCUAGAUUAUGAGACUUAAAUAAGUGGGAGAAGUUUUUUGAAGCUUGAUAAGAAGAAAUAUGGCAACUUAUUACUCAAGCUCAAACAAUCAAAGAGACAAUGCACAGAUGAUGUACUCAAGAGAACACUUGCCCACUUCAUAUCCUGAAGCUUCCGUUAUCCCCAGCAACAUGAUGAUGUAUAUGAACACUGGAUCAUACUCAGACGCCUUAGCUGGGACUUCUCAGCAGCAAAGCAAUUGCAUGGAGAUGCCACCAAUGGGGCCUUCUGAUUCCACCCCACAGCAGCAGGACAUCUUAUCAAAUCUCGGUGGAUCAAGAAUGGGAGAGCAUGAUUAUAAUGAAUGGAGAGAUGGGAAAAAUGAUAUGUUGGUGGCUCACUCAAUGGCUGGUGCUCCAAGUAUUUUUCAUGGUGGACAGAACUUGCAGGGUCAAGGAUUAUCCCUUAGUCUUGGUACACAAAUCUCAUCAGGAAUCCAAAUGCCUUCCAUCUCAUUCAGGAAUCCUAACAUGGGAUUUUCUUCUUUCUUGAGCCCAAAUCCAUCAGAUUCAGGUGAGGGUGGUAGCUGCAGAAAUGGCUCUUCAAGAGAUGAACAGCCAAGGAAUAAUAAUGUUGAAUAUUUGACACCUGGUUUUCCUGGAGGAGUUAAUCAAGAUUCAAGUAAAGGGGAAUUGUCUCCAUAUGGGCUGUCAAGUAUUGCAAGAGCUGUUCCUAGCUCCAAAUAUCUCAAGGCAGCACAACAACUGCUUGAUGAAGUUGUCAAUGUUCGAAAAGCGCUGAAGCAGCAUGACAGUGAAAAGGCCCAUGGUGCACAGGACCAAGGAAUGAAAAGCCCCAGGGAAGGUGAUGAUGGAUCAAAGAAUGAAUCUACACCUGGUGGUGGGGAGUCAGCUAGUAACUCCCAGCCUGAGCUUUCACAUGCUGAAAAACAAGAUCUCCAGAACAAAUUGACAAAACUUCUAUCCAUGUUAGAUGAGGUUGAUAGAAGGUACAAGCAAUAUUAUCAUCAGAUGCAGAUUGUUGUAUCAUCAUUUGAUGCAAUUGCAGGAUGUGGAUCAGCUAAACCAUACACUGCACUUGCCCUUCAGACCAUUUCGCGCCACUUUCGUUGUCUACAUGAUGCUAUUGUGGGCCAAAUUAAGGCGACUCGCAAAAGCCUUGGCGAGCAAGAUGCUUCAGGAAAUAUUAAAGGAGUUGGAAUAUCUCGUCUUCGGUAUGUAGACCAGCAGCUCAGGCAACAGAGAGCUCUGCAGCAGCUUGGUAUGAUGCAACAACAUGCAUGGAGACCUCAAAGGGGACUACCAGAGAGUUCUGUGUCGAUUCUUCGAGCUUGGCUGUUUGAGCAUUUCCUUCAUCCGUAUCCAAAGGAUUCUGAUAAGAUCAUGCUAGCAAGGCAGACAGGCCUCACUAGAAGUCAGGUCUCAAACUGGUUCAUAAACGCAAGAGUACGUCUCUGGAAACCAAUGGUUGAGGAAAUGUACAAAGAAGAGAUUGGUGAUGCUGAGAUGGACUCUAAUUCAUCAUCUGAAAACGCUGCUGCUAAAGCAACAAAAGGUGACAUUAUGACAUCUGAGGACAGAGGUGAAGACUUGCAGCAAAGUGCAAGCUCAACAGGCACCGAGAGAUGCAGCACUGGCCAUUUCAUGGACUCGAAAACCGACCACAUCCCUGAUGUUGAAAUGGCCGGAUCAGUUGGUUCUGCCACUUUCCACCACAGCCUAACUCGACGUGAAGUUGAUGCUGAAGGUGAAUACGGUUUGAUGAAACAGCGGAGGGAGGAGCAAAGGCCUGGUAUGGACGAUUGCAGUAGUGUCUUUCCUCAUGGCAUUGUUCAGUCAGAUGGGGGUAGCGAAAGGUUUAUGGCUGCGGCUGCAGCAUACCAUAUGUCGGAGUUGGGGAGGUUUGGGAGUGGAACAGGGGUGUCACUCACAUUAGGAUUGCAGCAUUGUGAUGGUGGUAGCAUACCAAUGAAUGGCGGAACACACCAUGGCUUUGUGGCUAUGAGAGGAGAUGACUUGUACAAUCCCGCAGCCUCUUCCAUGGGAGCCGAGGCUGCAGAUUUUGAAUGCAUAAAUUCAGGGAACCAGCAGCCUAGGUAUGCUUCUUCCCAUUUGUUACAUGAUUUUGUAGUGUGAAUGUUUGGUUUUGGAUUGGAGAUAUCAACUUACCAUUCUCAAGGGUGAGUGGGGGAGAAGAAGAGGAAGACUAGGCAAUGGAAAUGUCUUGUCUUGCUUGCAAUGGUAGAAAAUUUGUAGUCUUCCAAAUAUGGAAAACAUAUAUAUAAAAAAGCACAGUUGUAUUAUAUCAAGAAAUUGGUUGGAAGGUUAGCAUAUUUGUAAAGAUAAUAGUGCCAACUUUGGUAUUGAAGAAGAAAAAGAAGGGAAAAAAAAAUAUAGUUUUGAAAUAAAUGAUUUUAGCAUGUUGAUUGAGUUUUGACUCUUCUUGACCAACAAAUAAAUUUGAAAAAAAAAUGAUAUCAUUAUAAA